AUGGCGGAGAGCGAAGCGGAGACCCCGGGCACCCCGGGCGAGUUCGAGAGCAAGUACUUCGAGUUCCAUGGCGUACGGCUGCCGCCCUUCUGCCGCGGAAAGAUGGAGGACAUCGCCGAUUUCCCGGUGCGGCCCAGCGAUGUGUGGAUCGUCACCUACCCCAAGUCUGGUACAAGCUUGCUGCAGGAGGUGGUCUACCUGGUGAGUCAGGGCGCCGACCCUGACGAGAUUGGCCUGAUGAACAUUGAUGAGCAGUUGCCAGUGCUGGAGUACCCACAGCCGGGUCUGGACAUCAUCAAGGAACUGACAUCUCCCCGCCUCAUCAAGAGUCACCUCCCCUACCGCUUCCUGCCCUCUGACCUCCACAAUGGGGACUCCAAGGUCAUCUACAUGGCUCGCAACCCCAAGGACCUGGUUGUGUCUUACUAUCAAUUCCACCGCUCGCUGAGGACCAUGAGCUACCGAGGCACCUUCCAGGAGUUCUGUCGGCGGUUCAUGAACGAUAAAUUGGGUUAUGGCUCCUGGUUUGAGCAUGUUCAGGAAUUCUGGGAACAUCGUAUGGAUGCAAAUGUGCUUUUCCUCAAGUAUGAAGACAUGCACCGGGACCUGGUGACCAUGGUGGAGCAGCUGGCCAGAUUCCUGGGUGUGUCCUGUGACAAGGCCCAGCUGGAAUCCUUGACCGAGCAUUGCCACCAACUGGUGGACCAGUGUUGCAAUGCGGAGGCCCUGCCUGUGGGCCGGGGAAGAGUCGGGCUGUGGAAAGACAUCUUCACCGUCUCCAUGAACGAGAAGUUUGAUCUAGUGUAUAAACAGAAGAUGGGCAAGUGUGACCUCACGUUUGACUUUUAUUUAUAA